AUGACCCUUCAGCUGUUUCUCUGUUUUUUUGUUCUUUGCGCUUUGCGAGCUUGUUCUCGCUGGCCAGGUGUUGGUUCCAUACACUAUCAAGUUCGUAAUGUGCUGGGCGCCUGGCCUGGUAUAUAGAGUGGUUCGUUGAUUGCUGAACCGGCGCACGUAACCCGACGUACUACCAGUAACCUCGUCGGGCCAUCGGACGUUGCUCCAGGAGAAGCGUCAGAUCACGACGAAUCAAAAUCCGAUUUUAUCUCGAAACGUCGUGAUCCACCAGCAUAUACAUCCAGUAAAUCGAUGAUGAACUUACGUGAAAUGUCCACUGCUGGUAUGCACGGUGUACUAGCGGAUCAACUGGAUCGACCACCGCGAAAAAUUCGAAGUCGAUGGGGUGAUCCCCUACCGAAUUGGCAACCAGAAGGUGAGUGGAAUUUGCGAAAUUCAAUUGGUGUUACUUAG